GCAUCAACAUGGACAUUCUCCAAUCCGCAACGAUUCUUCGAUUCUUCCCAUCAGAAAAAUUCACACCCACCUUCGUCCAAAUCAGUAAUAACCCUCGUUAUCUCCGACGUGCAAUUUCAUUAGCACCCACCUCACUCAGCCCCCACCUGUUCGACGAAAUUCCCCUAUGGGACACCUUUGCUUGGAACACCCUCAUUCAGACCCAUCUCGCAAACAAUGAUUGCAACCUUGUUCUUUCUACCUACACCCAAAUGCUUCAACGUGGUGUUCGCCUUGAUAGGCACACUCUUCCUCGGGUUGUUGAUGCUUCUCGCCUCAUGGGUGAUUUGUCCAUUGGCAAACAACUUCAUGGCCAUGCUCUGAAACUCGGGUUCUCCUCUGAUCAAUAUGCUGUAACUGCAUUGAUUGAGAUGUAUGGCCAUCUCGGUAGUGUUGAUUUGGCUCAAACAAUAUUUGACAAGUCCACUAGUAAGAAUUUGGUUUGUUGGACACUGCUUGCUAGGUUGUAUAUUGAUGAAGGGAAGCCUAGUUUGGCCCUUGAUUUGUUUCAUCAGAUGGUGGAUCAAGGUAUGGUUGUUGAUCCUGUGGCGUUAUCAAUGGCGUGCAGUGCUUGUGGGAUGAUGAAAUCUCUGCAGCAUGGUAGGAAUGUGCAUGAGAUUGCUAGGAAUUGUGGGUUGGAGUUUGAUGUUUUAGUGAGUAACUCGCUGUUGAAGGUGUAUAUUGAUUGUGGUAGUAUAAGGGAAGCUCGAUUGGUGUUUGAGCAGAUGCCUUCUAAGGAUGUUAUUUCGUGGACAAUGAUGAUCCGUGCUUAUGUGAAGAAAGGAGGAUUCAAUGAGGCUUUUAAAUUGUUCCGGAAGAUGAACUUGGAUGGAUUGAAACCGGAUUCGCUGUCAAUCUCUAGCAUUCUUCCUGCAUGUGGAAGAAUUGCUUCACUUAAACACGGUAGAGAAAUUCAUGCCUACUUGCUUAGAAAUGGGAUUAACUCUAACCUCAAGGUCAAGAAUGCAGUUAUGGACAUGUAUGUCAAAUCAGGAGCUAUCACUUGUGCCUCAAAUAUUUUUUCUGAAAUGAAUGAAAAAGAUACUAUUUCAUGGACCAUGAUGAUAUUGGGAUAUAGUUUACAUGGACAAGGAAAGCUUGGAGUUGAUUUGUUUAGACAGAUUGAGAACAACUCAAAGGUACAGCUAGAUGACCACGCCUAUGCUGCUGCCCUUCAUGCUUGCAGCACCGCACGCAUGGCUGAGGAAGGAAAGAUUUACUUUAACCGUAUUAGGGCGCCCACAAUUGCACACUGUGCUCUAAAGGUGUCUCUGCUAGCACGUUGUGGACUCUUCAAUGAGGCAAGGAUCUUUAUCGAGGAACAGAAGAUAGGAAAGCAUCCUGAGGUAUUGAGAAAACUGCUAGAAGGUUGUAGGAUUCAUGGUCAAUAUACUCUAGGCAAGCAACUCAUUGAACAGCUUUGUGAGUUGGAACCUCUAAAUGCUGAGAACUACGUGCUACUUCUGAAUUGGUAUGCGGCCAGUGCAAAAUGGCACGUGGUGGACAAGUUAAAAGAAACAAUUAGAGAUAUGGGUUUGAAACCGAAAAAGGCUUAUACUUGGACAUUGUUCAGGAAUAAAGUUCAUGUAUUUGGAACUGGGGAUGUAUCUCAUCCAAGAUCAGGGAUAAUAUAUUCUGCAUUACAGGGUUUCAUGGAGGAAAUGAGAACCAAAGGACUUGAACUAAAGUGGGAUUUCAGUCUCCAUGAUGUAGAUGAAGAGAGGGAGUGCAUUCAGAUUGGGCAUAGUGAACUCCUGGCACUUGCUUUUGGGCUCAUCAGUUCACAGGCUGGACCUAUCCGUCUUGUCAAAAAUUCUCGGGUGUGUCAUGGCUGCCACGAUUUUGCGAAGUUUGUAUCCAAGAUGAUGAAGAGGGAAAUCAUCCUCAAGGACCCAAAUUUCUUUCACCAUUUUAAAGACGGGCAUUGUACAUGUGAGGACUUUUGUUGAUUAUCUUUUGACCAUUGGCUCGGUUUCUUUAGUUGAUCAUCUUGAUAUUAUAGUGCUAGUUAUCUGUAGGGGUCGCACUUGUGUGCAAAAAUU